AUGGCACGUACUAAGCAGUCUGCGAGACUAGCCAAUGAAAUUAUCAAUCUCGUUGAUACUGUUAAAGCGGCGAAGGAGUGUUCGAGAACAAGCAAGAAAUCAAAACCUCCGGACAAAAAUUGCUCCAAACAUGAAGAUUUAGAAGUAGGUGAAUAUGAUGCUUAUGAUGAUGAGGAGGAUGGUGACCACGGUAAUGGUGGUAAUGGAGGGAUUGGUGGUGAUGGAUUGAUUGGUGGUAAUGAAGUGGCAGAGAUUGAGGAAGAGGGGGAUCAAGGUAAUGAUGAGGAUGAGGAUGGAAAUGGUGGUGGUAGCAGUGAUGGAGAGGAUGAUGGUAAUGAUGUAAAUGGUAAGGAACGAAAUGAUGGUAGUGGCGGUGAUGAUGAUGAUGAUGAGGAGGAGGAGGAUGAGAUUCAGGAGGAGAUUCAGGAUGCUGCGCAACCACAACAACAACAACUGCCUAAGCCGAAGUAG